AUGCUCAGCGCCGCUCUCCGAGGGCGCGCUCUCGCCCCGGCCCAGAACAUUCUGCGAACUGGCUUCGCCGCGCAUGCCGUGCGCUGCUAUGCCUCCUUCCCCAGCCAUCAGGUUAUCAAGAUGCCCGCUCUGUCGCCCACCAUGACCCAGGGCAACAUCGGCUCUUGGCAAAAGAAGGCCGGCGAUGUCCUCGCUCCCGGUGACGUCUUGGUAGAGAUUGAGACCGACAAGGCUCAGAUGGACUUCGAGUUCCAAGAGGAGGGUGUUCUGGCCAAGCUCCUCAAGGAGUCAGGCGAGAAGGAUAUUCCUGUUGGCACUCCCAUCGCCGUUCUCGUCGAGGAAGGCGCCGAUAUCUCCGCCUUCGAGUCGUUCACCAUCGCCGAUGCUGGAGGUGACGCCCCUGCCGCCCCCAAGGCUGAGAAGAAGUCCGAGUCUGCUCCCGCCGCUACCGAGUCGACUCCUGAGCCCGAGCAGUACACCUCCACCGAGGGCCGUCUCGAGACUGCUCUUGACCGUGAGCCCAACAUUUCCGCUGCUGCCAAGCGCCUGGCCCGUGAGAACGGCGUCAGUGUCGCCGCCCUCAAGGGCACCGGCAAGGGUGGCAAGAUCACCGAGGAGGAUGUCAAGAAGGCCGUCAGCUCCCCUGCUUCCGCCGCUCCCAGCGCCACCUACGAGGAUACCCCCAUCUCUGGCAUGCGCAAGGUCAUUGCCAGCCGUCUGAUCGAGUCGACCCAGACCAACCCCCACUUCUACGUCACCAGCUCCAUCUCCGUCAGCAAGCUGCUCAAGCUCCGCCAGGCCCUCAACAGCUCCGCCGACGGCAAGUACAAGCUGUCCGUCAACGAUUUCCUCAUCAAGGCCAUGGCCGUCGCCAGCCGCAAGGUGCCCCAGGUCAACUCCAGCUGGCGCGAGGACAGCAUCCGCCAGUUCAGCUCCGUCGAUGUCUCCGUGGCCGUUUCCACUCCCACUGGCCUCAUCACCCCCAUCGUCACCGGUGUUGAGGGCCGCGGCCUCGAGUCCAUCUCCAGCAAGGUCAAGGAGCUGGCCAAGAAGGCCCGCGACAACAAGCUCAAGCCCGAGGAGUACCAGGGCGGCACCAUCUCCAUCUCCAACAUGGGCAUGAACAGCGCUGUCGACCACUUCACGGCCGUCAUCAACCCCCCUCAGGCCGCCAUCCUCGCUGUUGGCACCACCCGCAAGGUGGCCAUCCCCGCCGAGAACGAGGAGGGUCUUGAGUGGGACGAGCAGAUCACCGUCACCGGCAGCUUCGACCACAAGGUCGUUGAUGGCGCUGUUGGCGCCGAGUGGAUCAAGGAGCUGAAGAAGGUCCUUGAGAACCCUCUCGAGCUCCUCCUCUAA